AUGAUUCACACGAAUAUUACACAAGAAGUGAACAACGACAUUUAUAAACAGUCAAUGCGACAAUGGAAUCCACCACAUCCACGUUCCAAUCACGAUCGUAACGCCAAUGACAGGAUCAACUCUCUCAUGAUCGCCUACCACUUGCUUUGUGAUGCCGUAGGCCAAGCCAAUGAUUUCUACAGUGACUUGUUACUGGGUUCCAUAUUCCAUAGCUUUCUACGUGUCACCUCCUGUCUAUAUUUUCUCUUUAUACAUCUUGUAGUGAAAGACAUAGUAGGAAUUAUUGCACCGUUUAUCCUGGCACUUUCUUCGACAUGUUACCUAUGUAUGAUCGUUUCCUUAAGCUGUGACGUCACUCGAGCGGCUCGGGAUACGACAAUAGUAAUCAGCAAGCUGAUAACCAACCCAAACUUAAAACCGGGACUGAGGAAACAGUUGUAUUCAUUUUUCUUGCAGCUCUCAAAGAAACACCUCGAGUUUUCUGCAGGAGGAUUUUUUAAUGUCAACAGACAAAUGUUAACAUCGAUGGCUGCUACUGUGGCCACCAAUCUGGUAAUACUCAUUCAAUUCCAGACUCAACCAAACGAUCACAAGUAA